AUGGCUGCUGCGCCUGCACAACUCGAGCGUGCCUAUGGGGUAACCAACAUCAAACACCAUAUUCCUGUUAUUUUCGAUCUCGAUGAUGGUAACUAUGAUGCUUGGAGAGAACUCUUUCUCACACACUGCCAGAGCUUUGAUGCUUCCGGCCACCUCGAUGGCACCUUGCUCCCAACAAACGCCAAUGACGUUACCUGGAAGAAACGCGAUGGGCUGGUGAAAUUGUGGAUCUACGGCACUCUGUCAAAAGAUCUGUUCAAAAGUACCUUCAAAACAGGGGGGACUUCACGAGAGAUUUGGCUUCGUCUAGAGAAUUUCUUCCGCAACAAUAAGGAGGCCCGAGCUAUCCAGCUUGAUCAUAAGCUACGCAACACGGAGAUUGGAGCUCUAUCAAUUCAUUCUUACUGCCAGGAGCUUAAAUCCAUCGCCGAUCUCCUUGACAAUGUUGAUGCUGCAGUUAGCGAGAGGACACUGGUGACGUACCUCCUCAACAGACUCAACGACAAAUAUGACAACAUCAACAAUGUCAUUAUGCAUCGCCAACCAUUCCCCAGCUUUGAGGAGGCGAGAUCAAUGCUGAUCCUUGAGGAGGAACGCCUCGGCAGAGGCAGGAAGCCAAAUCCUACACAUACUGACUCGGCCUCUUCUCCUAAAGCGCUUGCUGCCACAACUACAUCGGAAGAUCAGAAACCGGUUGUCAGUAAGAACCAUCAACAACAACGCUUCAACCAAAACAGAGGACACCGUGGUAGGGGUGGACAACGAGGAAGAGGCAUACUCCAAAACAACUGGCCUCGACCUCUUGGGCUCAACUUCUAUUCACAGGUUACCCGCAAGCAGGACUACUUGGUCCUCGUCCACAACGUCAACAACAGGGGCAGUCUUCUAAUGGUGGAAAUAAGAAGCUCGAGCAACCAAUAG